UUCAUACUUAACAGAUAUAGUGUGGUGGUCUGGCACUAUUGCAAUGGCUCUUGGUCAAAUAGGGAAUUUCUUGGCCUACACUGCAGUUCCGACGGUGUUAGUGACUCCCCUGGGAGCUCUUGGCGUUCCAUUUGGGUCCAUUUUAGCUUCUUACUUGCUGAAGGAAAAACUCAACAUUCUUGGCAAGCUGGGAUGUCUGCUGAGCUGUGCUGGGUCUGUUGUUCUGAUCAUCCAUUCCCCAAAAUCUGAGAGUGUAACCACGCAGGCUGAACUUGAAGAGAAGCUUACAAAUCCAGUUUUUGUGGGUUAUCUCUGCAUAGUACUGCUAAUGCUUCUCCUGCUUAUCUUCUGGAUAGCUCCAGCUCAUGGACCUACCAAUAUCAUGGUUUACAUCAGCAUUUGCUCCCUGCUGGGCAGCUUCACGGUGCCCAGCACAAAAGGCAUUGGCCUGGCUGCUCAAGAUAUCUUUCACAACAACCCGUCAAGCCAAAGGGCUCUCUAUCUCUGUCUGGUCCUCCUGGCAGUGUUGGGAUGUAGCAUCAUCAUUCAGUUCAGGUACAUCAACAAGGCACUGGAAUGUUUUGACUCCUCUGUGUUUGGUGCCAUCUACUACGUUGUGUUUACCACGUUGGUCUUGCUGGCUUCAGCCAUCCUUUUCAGGGAAUGGAGUAAUGUGGGGGUGGUAGAUUUCUUGGGAAUGGCCUGUGGAUUCACCACGGUAUCUAUUGGGAUUGUUCUCAUACAAGUGUUUAAGGAAUUCAACUUCAAUAUUGGGGAUUUAAACAAACCUAACAUUAAGACAGAUUAAUUUUUUUUUUCUGUUUUCGAGGGAAACUGGAUGGCUCAGGGAGUGCUGGAGCCUUUCGUUUGUAGGUCACUGAUUCAAUAGUGACUCAAGUUGGUAUUUGUUACCCUCUGGCAACUUGGUGGCCUACGGGAAGUGAUUUAGAGGCUUCCCUCCAGUUUCAAAGGGACAGUUGUCCGUUUGCCCCAUGUCAACAUAAUACAUGGCAGUAAUUGGCAUUAUUGGGGAUGGUCUCAGUGGGAAGGCCAAGGAUUGAGCCAGCAUGGAGACUGAUGUAUUUCCCCACUGCAAAAAGUGACUCAUCACAAAAGACUUUGGGUUAUUCUGACAAGACCCAUGUGUGAAAACCUAUAUUACUGCUGCUUCUGAGUGUGCUUUCUGGGGAGAGAGAACAUCAGUUUCUAAUGGACUCAAUCUGACAUGUCUUAUGGGUGAUAUAUACCCUUAAAAAUGGGGGGGUGGGGAGAAGUUAUUGGAACAAUUUGUUAAUCUUCUUAAUAUAGCAAUGUGUUCACCGUCCAGGCUGUGAAUUCUGAGACAAGUGUUGGUUCAACUCGGACUGCAGAUUUGUGCUUUUAUAGCAGCUGUCUCUGCAGUUUGUUCUGGCACUGGGGGGUUUUAAAUUAAAUUCCUUAAACAGAGUAGUGAGCCCUUAAAAUCUUUCACUAAUUAUUUAAGCAGACGGUAGUGUCCGGAUUAGAUGUAUGCGUAUUUCUUUGUAACAUACAUGCAUUAAGACAUACUGCAUUCACCUGAUUUUUUAAUUGGGAACAGACAGAAAGACUGGGAAGGAUGAAGAAACAAUGCACAGACUUCUUGACUAUGUGGUGGCAUAUUUGUAAGCAGCUCAGAACUAUUUCAGUGCCUUUGUAAUCCAAAAAUACUGCAUAAAUGUGAAUGUAUUUGUUUCRGAUGGCCUAUACCGGUUUAAUAAUUCACUUUCAUUGUAUGUGAUACUUGACUGUGUUCAAACUCUAGGCACUAGAGCAGUGGAAAACGUUACAAAUCUGACCUGAAAUCUUUAGAUGUCUUGACAACUUCUGAAAUAUCCAUAGGCAUAAAAGGGGCAGUCUGCAAGAGGUCUGUUUAAAGCAGUCCAGCAUAUUCUAGUUAAGUGACAAUAUAGGAAAUUGUUUUGUAAAGUAAUUAGCAGCAACGAAAUCAAAAGAUAGGGAAAAUAGUGUCAGAUUUCUUGUUAGCUCAGAAAAAGGAAAGCUGGCCCGAUUUCUCUUGCAACCUGGUAGAGGGAGACUAACGUAUUGUAGGCAUUCAGAGAGCUGAGUUUUUGCGUAGCAUUCAGAUCACAUGCAGUAUAUCCAGGCCUGAAUGACAGUUUAGCAAUAAUAUUUUUGCAUUGAUACAAAUAGUUACACUGCGGUUGGAGUGAUUCUGAACCCAUCAGUUCAGACCACUUAGAGCAUGUUGAUAUGUUACCAAAAGAAAUAACUAGUUUCCUCACUCAGUUCGAAACUGUGAGCAUUUUGGGAGUGAACCUAUUUCCAUGCCRUAUUUGUAUCUGAUGAUUAUCAAUAUCCUGAGUCACAAGACUUAAGUAGUGAUUUUUCUUUUCUUUCAUCUUAAGGCAAAAGUAGGAAGCGUACAGUGGAAAUACCUCUAGUUCAGAAUGCCUCUUCAAACAAACAAAAAAGAUGAUUGAAAGAUAGUCCUUKGAAAAGUUCUUAAGAAGAAAUCAUGAAUUUAGUUUUCUGACUGACAGUAAUGCAGUAAUGCAAACUUCAGUUAAUGAGGAGUAAGAUUGCGCACUUUUGUGGUGUCUUUUGACCAUAAUUAAUGUUUCCUUUCAACUCAGUUUCCAUUUUCAUUUAAAAGAAAUGUUAUAAGCCCUUCUGAUUGCAGCAAUAAACAYAAAUAAUGAAUCCUAAAGACUUAGUAUUCUGACGAGGGAAUAAGAGCCCGACUAUAUUAUUUUGARGCUAGUUUUGUAACUGUGACCUGUGGAAGAUACCAACUGAGKUGACUCUGCAUUGAGAGAAGCACAUUAUAGGCUAGUAAGGAAACUGGAUAUCUUGGUAAGAUUAAAAAAGCAUUAGCACAUGAAAGGCAUCUUUGUGAAUUCCCAAACACCAUUCCUGGUUUCUAGAAAGUUUCAGUAUUAUAAAUGAGCUAGUUAGAUUAUAAAAUCCAGGUAAAACUAAACUUUGGCCCUUAUUGAUUGAAAAAUGGUAUCUU